CGUGAAUCUCAACUUUCAUCCUAUAAAUACCGGUUAACAAACUAGUGGUCAGACAACCAGAAAGAGUUCUGCCUGUUAAAGAGUUAAUACAGUUACAAUCAAGAUCUAUCUACAGCUAGUGAGCUUUUACAAAAUACUGAAUUCAAGAGCUUAUCUUCUAGAAAAAGCUGUGGUGUGUACUGCAAUUUAAGCUGAUAAUCAUAAUUCAAAAUGUUUGCCAUCAGUCCACGAUAUACUGACGAUAACAGUUUAUUCCGCCUGGUUGAUGACUUGGUACAUCCCUGGGACGUUUACAGAUCACCCCUGUUUAACAAUCGAGAAGGAGCCCUGUCGCAGAACAGUGGACGUCUUGGCGAUUCUGAGAUUCAAAAUACUGACAAAGAAUUCAGGAUUCGCUUAGAUCUCCGCCAUUACAGUCCUGAAGAAGUAAAGAUUACCUCAGACAACAAAAAGAUCACAAUCAAAGCAAAGCAUGAGGAGAAACAGGACAAUCAUGGUUUUGUGUCUCGGGAAAUGAUCAGGACAUAUGCACUACCAGAUGAUGUUGAUGCCAAGUCUGUAACAUCAACAAUGAAUUCUCAAGGGACAUUAAGUAUUAGAGCAGCUAAGAAAGCUAUUGAACCUCCAAAAGAAACAGCCAUUCCAGUAGAGUUUAAAGGUUGAAUUGACCAUUCUUAUGAAUAGUUUAACAUUUUACACAUUUGAUAUUCAGCAUUUCUAAAUGUAGAAAGAAUGCUGUAGUUUGUAUUUUAUAGUCAUUGAAAUUUCUAUAGUUUAAAAAUUUGUUCAACAUUUUUUAUUUGUAUUUAUCAUUCUGUACAAUAAUGUAAAUACGGUCUCAACAUUUGUGCUCAGCAUGUUGUAAUAGCACUUCAAUGUAUUGCUUAUUCCACUUACAUUAAUUUCACUUCAUGUUGGAUGUAUGCCAGUAAUUUUUUCUUAAAUUUUUUUUUAACAAACUGUAUUUCAAAAUUAGUGUGACUAAAAUGCUUUUCAGUAUUCAACAGAAU